AUGAAGUUUCAAGUUUCAUGCUCGCUUUCUGUCCUCGUUGGAGUGGCUUCGUCUCAUACUAUCUUUACUCAGUUGACUGCUGGUGGAGUUACAAAUGGCAUUGGUGUUGGUAUUCGAAUUCCAUCUUACGAUGGCCCGAUCACAAACGUAAACUCGAAUGAUAUCGCAUGCAACGGCGGUCCAAAUCCAACAACUCCGUCCUCAAAGAUUAUCGAUGUGCAGGCCGGCUCAACUGUCAAAGCGCGAUGGAGACACACCCAGCAGAGCGGUUCAAAUGAUAUUAUUGAUGCUGGGCACUCCGGUCCGGUCAUGGCGUAUCUGAAGAAAGUUAGCAAUGCUGCGACUGAUCCUGGCUAUGGUGGUGGAUGGUUUAAGAUUUCUGAAGCCGGUCUUAUUAAUGCUGCUUCAAAGCAAUGGGCCGUAAACGAUCUGAUCAAAAACCUCGGCGAACAAUCAAUCCCAAUCCCAUCAUGCAUAGCAUCCGGUCAAUAUCUCCUCCGCGCAGAACUUAUCGCUCUUCACGGAGCCGGUUCAUCUGGAGGAGCGCAAUUCUACAUGGAGUGCGCGCAGAUCAACAUUACAGGUGGUACGGGCGCGAAGAGUCCGGCUACUGUCAGCUUGCCGGGUGCUUAUAAGGCGAAUGAUCCAGGAAUUUUGGUUAAUAUUUAUUCUACGCCGGCGAUUUCGAAGUAUACUAUUCCUGGUCCGCCAGUGUUUACUUGUUAA